AUGGAGCCACGCGCCUGGGGAAACAGGACAACUGUCACUGAAUUCAUCCUUCUUGGCCUAACAGGAAACGCAAGACUGCAACCUAUCCUUUUUGUUGUCUUUCUCUUUGCCUAUAUUGUCACAGUUGGGGGUAACCGUAGCAUCUUGGCUGCCAUCUUUGUGGAACCCAAACUCCACACUCCUAUGUACUACUUCCUGGGGAAUCUAUCUCUGUUGGACAUCGGGUGCAUCAGCGUCACUGUUCCGCCAAUGCUGGUGUGUCUCCUGGCCCAUCAGUGCAGAGUUCCCUAUGCUGCCUGCAUCUCGCAGCUAUUUUUUUUCCACCUCCGGGCGGGCGUGGAUUGUCAUCUCUUGACAGCCAUGGCUUAUGACCGCUACCUGGCCAUCUGCCAGCCCCUCACUUACAGCACCCGCAUGAGCCGUGAAGUGCAGGGCUCCCUGGUGGGUAUCUGCCGUACUAUCUCCUUCAUUAAUGCUCUGACCCACACAGUGGCUGUAUCUGUGCUGGACUUCUGCGGCCCUAAUGUGGUCAACCACUUCUACUGUGACCUCCCACCCCUUUUCCAGCUCUCUUGCUCCAGCAUCUACCUCAACGGGCAGCUGCUUUUUGUGGGAGCUACUUUCAUGGGAGUGGUCCCUAUGAUCCUCAUCUCAGUGUCCUAUGCCCACGUGGCAGCUGCAGUACUAAAGAUCCGCUCUGCUGAGGGGAAGAAGAAGGCAUUUUCCACCUGUGGCUCCCAACUCACUGUGGUCUGUAUCUUUUAUGGAACUGGCUUCUUCAGUUACAUGCGCCUGGGUUCUGUCUCAGCCUCCGACAAGGACAAGGGCAUUGGGAUCCUCAACACCAUCCUCAGCCCUAUGCUAAAUCCACUUAUCUACAGCCUCCGGAACCCAGAUGUGCAGGGCGCCCUGAAGCGGGUGCUGACAGGAAAGCGGCAGUCAGUCUGA